CAGUUUUAAGAGAAUCUAACAACACUGGCGAAGGGAAUUCAUCUCAUUUUUUUUCCUUAGUAUUACUGCACGAUUGUGGCUCUUGAAGAUUGGUUUUCACAAGCUCAAGAUGUCGCUGGAUGUGACAGCUUGUCUCAAAGCACUUUCAAGCGCGUUUUGUCAAUACAGAAGUCACAACACUGAUCAUAACACGAAGGAUCUUGAACGACAAAUCGAUGUUUUAAUUGGAAUCACCUCAGCUGGGAAACCUCUUCGUGGAUUUAAUGCCAAAGAGCUUCUUCCUGCAGAAUGUCUCUCUUCACUGGUGGGUCUAUUGAGUGAAAGCAGUGUGAAACCAAGUCUACAUACCAAGUCUAUGGCAUUAUUGUUUAAUCUUGCAAAUGACAGAAGCACAAGAGAAACUCUUCAUUCCACAUAUCACCUGACCUCUACAUUAGCAGCUCUACUUCAUAAACAUCACCUAGCAUCAAAUGGCAAAAUGAUUUUACAGUGUCUGCAACUUCUGGAAAGAGUCACAUAUGGCUGUAAAUUCACUACACCAAGUGGAUACAUUGGUGAACUGAUCAGAUAUUUAGUGAAUAACAUACAGAUGCAAGAGUCAGACCUUACUAUACCAUGUUUAGGUCUGUUGGCAAACUUAUGCCGACAUAAUCUGCCAAUCCAAGCCCAUGUCAAGGCACUGGAGAACAUAAAAUCACUCUACCGGACUCUAAUAGCCUUUCUGUCUCAUAGUAACCUGACAGUAAUUGUGUUUGCAUUAUCCAUUUUGACAAGCUUAUCACUUCAUGAGCAGUUAGGAGAGAAGCUGUUCAAUUCCAAGAACAUUCACCAGACCUUUCAGCUGGUUUUCACAUUUCUGAUAAAUGGUGAGGGCUCAACAACAAGACGUUCCUCAGUGGAUCUGUUUGUUGAUUUACUUGCCAGCCCUAAAAUUCAGCAAUCUCUCCUCAUACAUGAACAUUUGGCUUUUUACCUGGAGCAGAUUCUGGCUUUGCUACACUUAAACCAAGCAGAUGAGGCAGUUAAGGUAUUUGAGCUGCUGUUGACAUUCUGCUCAGUUACUGGGUUACGAUGUCUUGUGUGCAGAGCAUUGUUUUCACCUGCAAGCUCCAAACCAAAGGACCCAAAUGUGAACAGUGCAUAUGAUGCUGUCUUAUACUGGGCCGGUCAGUCAGUUGACACCCACUCAACUGUGUCCCUGAAGGCUCUUGAUUUUAUCAAGGAGAUUUAUGAGGAACUUGUUGAUGGUGGUCUUCUGGAUCAGCUCUCUCCUCCCACAUCUGAUCUUGUUUCUGUUCUGACUCAGCUACUUGUACCACCCACAGAAAUUGAUGGCACCUUACUCAAACAAACAUGUGCACAGAUCAACAAGGCCAUGGAAGUUCUUAAUGUUCUUUGUUUUGAGGAUUCAUUGAAGAGUAUUGUUUUAGGACAUGUAAAGCUCGAGUACUGGUGGAAAUUAUUGGAAUAUCAAUAUCAACACAACAGUAUUGGAACGAGAAGCACCCUAGCGUUACCUUGGAGCCAGGAAGGCGUAAACCUUGUGCUUCAGAUGUUAGACUUGCUGUGUAAGCUGAAGAAUGAUAUAACAGGACUCAAGGAACAGCUUGCUUCCGCAUUACAAGACCAGAGGUUAGUGCCAUUCUUGGCGCGCGCGAUGAGUAGUGAUUCACGUGACAGCGUUCAAAAAGCUCUCCGGAUUCUGUGCGAUGCUAACAGCCUGCCAGAUUUCCAAGCCAUAUGGCUAGGUGAUUUGAUCGCCUCAAAUAACGCGGCCCGUGAGGAAGAGAUGACACUUUUAAGACGACCCAUCGAAACAGACUUGAGUCCGCCUUCGUCUCCUCGGCACCAGGUUUCAAUCAACAAUAGCCGCAACUCCACCAGCUUACGUUCGGCAGGCCUGGACCACGCUCCUGUUCAGAUAAGUGCUCCAGUGAAGAAUGCAAAUCGUGAUGCAAACAUCGAGUCGUUGAUCGAGAAGAUGAAAUCAGGACUAGAGAUAAAACCGGAUCCUCACGCUUCUGAAAUCAUGGACAUAUACGAGGCAAAGAUGGCCGCCUUCGUGACAAAGGAAAGUCAUCUUCAAGAUCUGUUGGAAGCAAAGGCUCUCGCGUUGGCUCAAGCUGAUCGUCUCAUUUCACAGUACCGGUGUCGGAGGGCUCAAUCGGAAGCCGAGUGUGCGAAACUGAUGCAGCUCUUGCAGACGACAGAAAAGAAGGCCGAGCAGCAAGCAGAGCAGAUAAACGAACUUCUUCAGGCUCAGAAGUCGGCGACAAAAGAGAUGGAAGUCAUGAUGAGACACAAUGAGAACUUGAAAGUGGUCGCAGAGGAGCAUGAGCAACUCAAGAUUGCUUUUGCUGAGCAGUCACAAAGACUCGAAACAAGCCAGCGUAGUCUUAUGGCGGCUCAAGACGAACACAAAGCGCUGUCUGACUUAAACGAGAUGUUGAGGCGACACAACGAUAAUCUUAAGAGUCAACAUGACUGCACAUCUAGACAACUUCAAGAACUUGAACAGGAGAGGAAGAAAAUUGCUCAGCAACUCAAAGAAAAGGACUUAAAAUGCCAAGAGCUCCGGAAAACUCUACAGAAACAAGAGGAAGAAACGAAACAACGCGAAAAUAAUAUCGAAGAUCUACAGGAGAAAAACGACUCACUGAAAAGUAAUUUAACCAAAGCCGAGAAGGAAAGGAAAGAGUUAUCGCAUAAGCUCUCGUCGCUGGAACUGAUCUGCCGCCAACACGAAGACGUGAUAAAGAAGCGAGAAGCAACUGUCAAGGAAUUACAGUCUGAGCUGGAUCGACAGGCACAGAUUGCUGCGAUGAUUCACAACUUGAGUAGCGGAAAAGUUCCAUUAAAUAAUUUUGGUACCAAUUCAAGCUGACCUUUUUAUAACCGAUCCGCUUGCUAUCAAAGGGCCUGGAAAGCAGAACAUUUUACGAAGAAAGCGCACUAAAGGAAACUUAGAAGAGCCGUGUAUCUGUACAUAAUAAUCAUGAUGAUAAUUUAUUUUUAUUCUGUUAUGAUAUCUCCACAUGAGCUCUGCGAUCAAUCUUACCCACGUCAUCACUGAUGAUUUUUCAAAAUGAAGAGAAUCUCUCAUACAAUGAUCAGAUCAAUGUCAGUAUCUGAGCAACUCGGCACCCACCUCUCCCUUAACCCAACAACAGUCAAAUGAUAACAAAGUUAGGGUUAGGGGAGGGGUAGGUGCGUAGCUACUCAGUGAGUGACAGUGAGCCCAAUGAUCAUAUGAAAUACGCCUUUAAAGAUGAAAAUGUGGUCAUUUUUUAGACAAAUUCAACAAACAGAACUAAAUUUGUAAUAUUUUAAGGAAGGGUGGAUUAAAGAUUCCUCCUGAGAAAGUGAA